CGGCCUCGCCCGGGACCACACCGCCACCAUGAACAAGCUGUACAUCGGCAACCUCAACGAGAGCGUGACCCCCGCCGACCUGGAGAAGGUGUUCGCCGAGCACAAGAUCUCCUACAGCGGCCCGUUCCUGGUCAAGUCGGGCUACGCCUUCGUCGACUGCCCCGACGAGCACUGGGCCAUGAAGGCCAUCGAAACUUUCUCGGGGAAAGUGGAACUGCAAGGAAAACGCCUAGAGAUUGAGCACUCAGUCCCCAAAAAACAAAGGAGUCGGAAAAUCCAGAUCCGGAACAUCCCGCCCCAGCUGCGGUGGGAAGUGCUGGACAGCCUGCUGGCUCAGUAUGGGACCGUGGAGAGCUGCGAGCAAGUGAACACGGAGAGCGAGACCGCGGUCGUGAAUGUCACCUACUCCAACCGCGAGCAGACCAGGCAAGCCAUCACGAAGCUGAACGGCCACCAGCUGGAGAACCACACCCUCAAGGUCUCCUACAUCCCUGACGAGCAGAUAGCGCAAGGCCCUGAGAAUGGGCGCCGGGGCGGCUUCGGCUCGCGGGGGCAGCCCCGCCAGGGCUCGCCGGUGGCCUCGGGGGCCCCAGCCAAGCAGCAGCAGGUGGACAUCCCGCUCCGGCUCCUGGUGCCCACCCAGUAUGUGGGUGCCAUCAUCGGCAAGGAGGGUGCUACCAUCCGUAACAUCACCAAGCAGACCCAGUCCAAGAUCGACGUGCACAGGAAGGAGAACGCGGGCGCGGCUGAGAAGGCCAUCAGCGUGCACUCCACCCCCGAGGGCUGCUCCUCCGCCUGCAGGAUGAUCCUGGAGAUCAUGCACAAGGAGGCCAAGGACACCAAGACGGCUGACGAGGUCCCCCUGAAGAUCCUGGCCCAUAACAACUUCGUGGGGCGGCUCAUCGGCAAGGAGGGGCGCAACCUGAAGAAGGUGGAGCAGGACACGGACACGAAGAUCACCAUCUCCUCGCUGCAGGACCUCACGCUCUACAACCCCGAGAGGACGAUCACCGUGAAGGGCGCCAUCGAGAACUGCUGCCGGGCGGAGCAGGAGAUCAUGAAGAAGGUCCGGGAGGCCUACGAGAACGACGUGGCUGCUAUGAGUCUGCAGUCCCACCUGAUCCCUGGGCUCAACCUGGCCGCCGUGGGGCUCUUCCCAGCCUCGUCCAGCGCUGUCCCGCCGCCUCCCAGCAGUGUCACGGGGGCCGCUCCCUACAGCCCCUUCAUGCAGGCCCCGGAGCAGGAGGUGGUGCAGGUGUUCAUCCCCGCGCAGGCCGUGGGCGCCAUCAUCGGCAAGAAGGGGCAGCACAUCAAGCAGCUGUCCCGCUUCGCCAGCGCCUCCAUCAAGAUCGCACCCCCGGAAACGCCGGACUCCAAGGUCCGCAUGGUCAUCAUCACCGGACCGCCAGAGGCGCAGUUCAAGGCUCAGGGAAGAAUCUACGGCAAACUGAAAGAGGAGAACUUCUUCGGGCCCAAGGAGGAGGUCAAGCUGGAGACCCACAUACGGGUGCCGGCUUCUGCUGCGGGCCGGGUCAUCGGCAAGGGCGGCAAAACGGUGAACGAGUUGCAGAACCUGACAGCAGCGGAGGUGGUGGUGCCAAGAGACCAGACCCCGGAUGAGAACGACCAGGUCAUUGUGAAGAUCAUCGGGCAUUUCUAUGCCAGCCAGAUGGCGCAGCGGAAGAUCCGAGACAUCCUGGCUCAAGUAAAACAGCAGCACCAGAAGGGGCAGAGCAACCAGGCCCAGGCUCGGAGGAAGUGACCAGCACCUUCCUGUCCCGUAGACUUCGGGCCGCGGGGGCGCCGCACCGGAGAGCCCGCUGUCCCCUCGCAGGCCUGAGAGUGUGUGGGAAUCGGGGACCCCGGGGCCGGCAGGAGAUCAGGUUUGCCCACCCACUUGACAAAGCUGCUCGGUGAGGAACCUGAUCUCUGGCUCAGUCAGACCCUUGACCCACCGGCCCACGCCGCCCAUCCCGCGGGUGUCACCAUGGAAACCAGCUCAGGGUGCUUUUAAACGUGGAUUGUUGCAGGAAGUUCUCCAGGCCCCCCCCACCAAGAAGGUGGGGUUGGGGCCCAUGGGGACGAGAAAUAAAAUUUCCUUCAGGUUUUUAAAAACCUCAAAGGAUGGUUUGUUUCUUGACCCUAAAAUCUCUCCAGUUUUCUUCCCCCUUCUUGGUUAAUUGGUUAAAGUAUCCCCAGUCUUAUUUUGGGGAUGCAGCCCAGCUUUCCUCCUGUGUUCACGCUGUUUUUCUUGACCACACCAAGAAAAUGUGGGAACUAACUAGCGCAGCGUGGCGCUGCUCAAUACCAGGCCUGUGGAGAGGACCCCUCCUUCUCUGGGGCUUAAUUCCAAUCUUUCCCAGUAGGAACUGCAGGGAAUAAAAAGAGCAGGGGAAGCCGGGCAUGGUGGCGCAUACCUGUCAU